AUAAAUGAAUCUUUUCGGUGCCCUUCCUCGGAUUUCAUGUGUGCUAUGGCUCUGUCCUUUGGCCCACGAGAACUUCGAGCAGACGGCACCUGGUAAGUUGCUCAGCUGCUGUGACGCUCACAUGGAACUUGAGAGAUCUCAUAAUAGUUGUGGCUCGGCACAUGCAACGGUGAUGACCCAUACUUCACAGCAUCAACGGUUGCAGGUCAGCCAAACGCUUAUCCAGCAACCCGUGGUUCCCAAAACACUGUUCCAGACAUAUAACACACCUCUAGGAAGGACUCCAUUCACCGGCCGUCCCGCACAAACCAGCUUCUUUCCGUGUCUCGUGCGUCACUGGGCCCGUCCCCCUCCCGCUUGAGUCGCUCCACUCAGUUGUAGUGCAAGCCCGUGCUCGCAUAUGCAGUUGAACACUCUUCUGGCAAGUUGGUUGGAGGUCCUCGAUAUGUGGCCCUUGCGCAUGCAAGCAAAUCCGCACUUUCCGAUUCUUACGCGCGGUAAGUUGGUUCGGC